ACUAAACUAACUAAACUACUACUAAACUAACUAAAACUACUACUAAACCACGACUCCUAAAACAUUCUCUCUAUUCAUUCCCUCUUACCAAACCCAAUAAGUACUCGGUACAUCUACUCCCAGUCGGAGAGCGGGGAAAUCGGGGAAAUCACCCACCAUCCACCACCCCCCCACAUUUCCUACCGUUGUUCGCUGGUUGUACACGAUACAAACCACAACCUACACAAGUACAAGUACCACAUCUCACCUGUGCUGUGGUCUGGGGAAAUUGCAUCUGGGGAAAUCUUACCUCGUACCUCUUCCUGCCGACCAAACCUUACUUUUGCUCGACCACCUACAUCCCAACGAACAUAACGAACAUAACGAACAUCUAUUCACCUGUCGCCCUUUGCGCAAAAGAAGCCAGGCAGGGCCCGGCGACAUCAACAUCACCCCUAUCACCUCCCCAAAAAUCCCAACGAACGACACUCCAAAUCGAAAGCAACCACACGACCCAUCAUUCUCAUACUCCUCCAAACUGGCUGCACACAUCCGCCCACCGCCAUGAUGCCGCUCCCAGCUGUCGUCGAUACCGCCAGCCAGAGCCAGGCCUCCGACCCCGACCCCGACCCCGCCGCCGCCAGCAGGCAGAAGGCAAAGACCCUGCCCUGUCGCUACUGCCAGAAGCGCUUUCGCCGCCUCGAGCACGUUCAGCGCCACGAGCGCACUCACACCAAGGAGAAGCCUUUCCAAUGCCUCUGCGGCAAGACUUUUGGGCGACGGGAUCUCUUGGUUAGACAUGAGAAACUGGUACAUCUGAAUGAGAACAAGCACGAUGCGAAUCGGCACCAUGUAGCCACUGCCGUGGCGCGCGCAAACGCUGUUAAGGCACAGAGCAGACCGCAGAUCACAGCCGCCAUCCCGAAUCUCAUCGAUCCGGAUCUGCUUGCGCAGCAGUCCAGCUACCUGCGUACGGGGCCGCCCCAGGAGGUUCCCAUGCAGCAGCAGCCACAACGACUACCCUGUUCGCUCGACCUCCUCUCCGACGCAGCAACCCACAUCGCUUCAUCAAACAACCACACCAACCAGCUCCCCCCCAUCCACUCCCUCCGCACCGACAGCAGCGCCGAGCCCGAGAGCAAGCGCGCGCGCACGACGAGCUUCAACAGCCGAGCCGGGGGGGCCAAGGACGGAGCGCGGAGGGGCUCAUAUCACCACCACGCCACGCUGGGCGAGGCACCGCAGCCGCAGCCGCUGCUGGGGGAUUAUAACAUCUUCCUCGACGAUUUCGGGAUCAGUUCGCAUGUCUUCCCGCCUAUCGAUGCGGAGGGGCCGGGGGGGUCGACGUGGUCCCGUCCGAUGGCACAUGUGGGGUACGCGGACACGUCACGGCAGAGCUACGAUGCACGCGUUGGUGGACCGCCCGAGCAGGGCCAGCACAGCCGCUUCGACUCGCGCUUCUCCUCCAUAGCGUCCGAGUUCCAGUCACCCCCGCAGCACCCACGCACAGGCGAAGACAUCCGCGCCGCAGCCGCCGCCGCCGCCGCCGCUCCGCCAUGGAAAGUAAGCAGCCAGGAGCACCGACACAUGCAAGCGAAGGUCGACGAGUUCGCGUCCGUGCUACCAGGGGGCUUUGAGUUCCCGUCACGCUACACGCUCUCCCGCUUCCUCGAGGGGUACUUCAACGGGUUUCACGAACACGUGCCAUUCAUUCACCUGCCGACGCUUUCGGUGGCUGCGCUCGCGCCGGAGCUACUCCUAACGCUCGUGGCGAUCGGGGCGCAGUAUCGGUUCGAGGCGCAUCGAGGGAAUGGGCUGUGGUAUGCGGCGAGGGCGGUGGCGAUUGAGCAGGCGACUAGGAGGAAUAGCGCGAUGGUGGCGGAGAUUGUGUCGCCGCCGUUGAUGAGUGGGAGUGAGAGUGCCGGGUUGAGCCCGCCGUCUACGGGGAGGAGUUUGGGGGAGGGGGUGGGGGUGGAUGGGGAGGUGAAUGGGGAGGUGAAUGGGGAGGUGAAUGGGGAGGUGAAUGGGGAGGUGAAUGGGGAGGUGAAUGGGGAGGUGAAUGGGGAGGUGAAUGGGGGGGUGAAUGGGAAUGGGCAUCGGAUGGAGAGGGUUUCUAGUGAGACGAAUGAUGGAGAGAAUUUCUCCAACUCCCACUCCGCCCGCCUCGAAACCAUCCAAGCCCUCUUCCUCCUCGUCGCAUUCGGCACCUGGGCCCCCCGCGUCCUCCUUCGCGAAUCCCUCACCCUGCGCAGCUGGCUCGCGCACCUCGUCCAAGAAUCCGGCCUCACCCACCCCUCCACCUCUCACCCCUCCUUGAGCUGGGAAGAAUGGGCACGCCUCGAAAGCGAGAAACGCACCAAGUUCCUCGUCUACUGCUUCUUCAACCUCCAUUGCAUCUGUUACGAUAUGCCCUCCCCGCUGGCGUCGACUUCUAUUCAUAUGUCCCUCCCCCAGACGGCGAGGGAGUGGAAAGCCCCCAGCGCGCGCGAAUGGUCCGACAUCCGCCUCUCCUCCCCACCAGUCGAAAUCCCCUUCCUCGCCGCCCUAGCCCGGCUCUUCGACCCCCACACCUCCCCCGCCGCCGACCUCCCACCACCCUUACCCCCGACGUCCGCACUGGGGAAUUACAUCCUCAUCACCGCCCUAAUCCUGCAGAUCUUCCUCCUCCGCCAAACAACCGCAAUAUCCCACCCCCAUCUCGCCCCCCACUCCCUCCCCGCCAGCCACCUCGCAAGCCUCUCCCACGCUCUGAAGAACUGGCAAGCCUCCUGGGAACGCACUCCCGAGUCUUCUCUCGACCCCACCGCCCCCGCCGGUCCCAUAGCAUUCAACUCCACCGCCCUCCUGCGCCUGGCCUACAUCAGACUGCACAGCGAUCUCCCGCCCAACCCCUAUCUAGCGCAGAGGGACCCGGUGAUGAUAGCGAAGGCGUGGGCGGAGGGGGGGAGGGUGGGGAGGGGCGAGGGGGUGGGGAGGGCGGUGCAGCAGGCGGUAUUGGCGCUGGGGGUGCCGAUUAGGAUUGGGAUUGCGUUUGUGGCGAGGACGCAGACGUUUGGGUGGAGUAUUCAGCAUAGUCUUUGUAAUGUUGAGUGUGCAGUUUUGCUUUGCAAAUGGCUCGAGACCAUCUCCCUCACCCCGCACUCCCUCACAACAGAUGAACGCAACAUCCUCGCCAUGGUCCGCAACAUGCUCGAGGAGACCGAGUACGCCGUGCCCGCCUCUAACCCCAACCCCUCCUCCACCUCAUCCUCUUCCGGGGAUGCGUCACCAGAAGCAGAAAGUCAGCGCAUCAGAGCCCUCGGUGCGGCGGUCGUGAGACUAUGGGCCGAAACGUUUAGGGGAACGCAGAUCUUUGAUAUUGUUGGGGCUAUGGGGAGGGGGUUGGAGGUUUAUGGGGAGGGGGUUGAGAGGGGGUUUGGUGGGGGUGGGGGGGGUGAAGUGGGAAAGGGGUUGGAUGAUAAGGCACAAAAGGAGGUUGAUAAACAAGAGAAGCAAGUUGCUAGAAUAGCAAAAGCAGAGGCAUCACAAGCAAAGAAAGCUCUUCAUCAAGCAGGUGUAGAAGCACGGAAGAGAGAGAGAGAGAGGAAGAAGGAGGUUAUAAGGCUUACUCGGGCAAAAGAGUUUAUACCAAUUGAGCUCUUGACCCCUAUUCUAGAUCCAGAGAUAGAGGCAAGAGCAAAGGCAGCAGAGGAAGUAGAAGGAAUAGAGAUUGUAGAUAUGGCUAGUGAUAGUUCAGAGGGAAGUGAUGAUGAAAGUGUAGUUUUGACAUUGCAGAAUAAAUGA